GGGAACCCCUAGCCAAUUUUUUUCAUCCUUAAUGUCUGCCCCAGUUCCUGAACCUCCUCCUGCGUUUGCUGCUGCUGCUGCCAGCAUCUUGACAGGUGAGUACACAGCUCAGAAAGGAAUAAUCAGCAAGGUUGCUGAUGAAUUCAAUGUUUCCAGAAGAAGCAUAGGAGACAUAUGGAGCAGAGCUAGAAAACAGUUAAAGGAGGGAGUUGCCAUUGAUGUCAAAAGUAAGGUGUAUGGUAAUACUGGUAGGAAAAGAGUGGUCAUAGAUGUUGAAUCUAUCCCAAACAUUCCUCUAUCCCAAAGGACAACCAUCAGAUCACUAGCUGCUGCACUCGACAGAAGCAUUGUGCUUCAGCAAGACAAUGCCAGACCCCACAUUUCUGGGACAAAACAAGACUUCAUGACAGCAGGAAAUGCAAAUGGUUUCAACAUUACAUUAAGUAACCAACCCCCUAACUCCCCAGACCUAAACAUACUUGACUUGGGGUUUUUUAGAGCCAUCCAAUCUCUGAAAGAGAAGUGUGCUCCAAAAAAUGUGGCAGAACUUGUGGAAGCAGUUAGGGGUGCAUAUGCAGCUCUUACAGCAGAGACAUUGAACAAGGUAUGGUUAAGCUACCAAGAUGUGAUGCAGCAAGUUAUGAAUGAUGAAGGAGGAAACAAGUACAAACUACCACAUAUGGCCAAGGAUAGAUUGGCUAGACAAGGAGCACUACCAGUGUGUCUAAAUGUACCACAUACAUUGGUGGAGAAGGCAGUAAGGGUCCUUGCCCAAGCUACUGGACAAAGUGAACAGCAAGACCAGCCUGAGUUCAUGCCUGAAGAUGGAGAAGACUUCUCAUCUUCAGAGAUGAACUAAGUGNUAUUCCUUGUGGGAGAGGAGCCUUGGAAUGUGUUGGACCACGCCAUCCCCUUGGUCAAAACCAGAGUGGCUGCCCAUGUCAAAACCAGGAACCCAGUCUCUGCCCUGCCCCUCCUCUGGCCCAGCCUCCUGCUCUUCAUCGGAUUCGCUCCCAAAUCCUCGCAUGGGCUCGUCAUCCAACGAGCUUUCCUCAUAU